AUGAUAGAGAAUUUAACAAAAAAGAUCAUAUUUCUGAUGUGGAAUUAUGUAGAGAUUAGAUUUACUUAAAGAUUGACUUAAGGGGAUUACAUUAUAAAAUAAUAACAGUUGUAGAAAGUAUAUAAUAAUUAAUCUUUUUUUCAACAGAUAUUUUUACUAUUCAUAUAUUUACAUCUAGCUCAUGCAUGUUUGUUAGGAUUACAGUUGACAGUUGACAAUGUGAUAUUUAGUUAGAAAGUGCAACUAUUGUAUCUAGCCUUAUUUGUGUUAAAUCUGAUAAGGUUUAAGGGGUCAGUACUCAAAAAGUUGAAUGGGAAAUCAUGUAUAUAGGCAGCGAUUAUGAUGGAAGAGAAUAUUUUCAAAAGACUUAUUAUAUUAUGCUGA